UCUGUCCGAAGGGGUAGAUAUGCAGUAUGCUCGAGCUGGAGCACAAUAUACGAGCACUUUCAUUUAAUGAUUUAGGAACACCACCAUGUCCAGAUGCCCUGAGAAUUGAGCAGCUUUCUCUCUCUUUCUCUUUUAUUUUUUUCUCUCUCUCUAUCUCUCUAUCUCUCUCCACUGAACGUCUCUCUUCAUCAACCUAUCUCUUGCUCAAACGCCUGCAGUUUAUUCGAGGAUUAUAUUCUUGGUAAAUUUGGUGGCAUGGUAUGGCAACGUUGAAGGAGCUUCUUCCCCAACCAAAGUCGGAAACCACUGGUGUCUAUGACUUUUCAUCAGACCCAUGGUUCAAAGAUCGGUUCAUUGACCCUGCAAAAUCCAGUAGUAAUUCAGUUUCCAAAGCCAAAUCCAUCCCUCCUUACGGGAAACGAGCUGGUUUUGUUCCUAGAAAACCUGAAGAUUUUGGAGAUGGUGGGGCCUUUCCUGAGAUCCACAUUGCCCAGUACCCACUUGGCAUGGGCCGAAAAGAAGAGAAAAGAGACUCGAAAAUCCUUCCCCUCACUGUAGAUGCCCAGGGAAAUGUUGCGUUCGAUGCCAUAGUAAAACAAAAUGAGAAUGCUUCCAAGAUUGUCUACUCCCAGCACAAAGAUUUGCUCCCAAAGUUGAUUAAUGAUGAGGAAAAGAAGGAUGAAGAGGAAGAAGAAAUAGCAGAAACGACACAGAGAACAAAGGAAGCUUUGGAGAAGAUAGUGAACGUUCGUUUGAGUGCUGCACAACCUAAGAAUGUUCCCCAACAAUCCACCGAUGCGACAUUCAUUAAAUAUAAACCUUCACAACAAUCAGCUGCAUUCAAUUCGGGUGCAAAAGAGAGGAUUAUCCGUAUGGUUGAUAUGCCUGUUGACCCACUUGAGCCCCCAAAAUUCAAGCACAAGAGGGUACCUAAAGCCUCAGGUUCACCACCAGUUCCUGUUAUGCAUUCACCACCUCGCCCUGUUACAGUGAAAGACCAACAAGACUGGAAAAUUCCCCCUUGUAUUUCUAACUGGAAGAAUCCAAAAGGGUACACAAUCCCCUUAGACAAGCGUCUUGCUGCUGAUGGGCGUGGGCUUCAAGAGGUUCAGAUCAAUGAUAACUUUGCAAAGCUCUCAGAGGCCUUGUAUGUUGCAGAGCAAAAGGCUCGAGAAGCUGUAGAGAUGAGGUCUAAGAUACAAAGGGAGCUUAUGCUUAAGGAGAAGAAUAGAAAGGAGCAAGAGUUACGUGCUCUCGCUCAAAAGGCAAGGUCAGAGAGGACUGGAGCAGGGCCUGUAGUUGCUGCUGUAGAUAAAGGCACAAUUGAUGGACGCGAGGAGAUCAGUCCUUUCAAUGGAGGUGAGAGAAGGGGAGAUAUGGAGAGGAUGAAAGAAAAUGUUAGAGAGACAAAGGAGGAGAGAGAAGAGAGGCUGAAGCGUGAAGCGAUACGUGAGGAGAGAAGGCGGGAGCGAGAGCGGGAGAGGAGAUUAGAGGCAAAGGAAGUAGCCAUGGGUAAGAAGAGCAAGAUAACAAGGGAUAGGGAUAGGGAUAUUAGUGAGAAGGUUGCUCUUGGCAUGGCCACUACUGGUCGAUCAGGUGAAGUCAUGUAUGACCAAAGGCUUUUCAAUCAAGAGAAGGGUAUGGAGUCUGGUUUUGCAGCUGAUGACCAAUACAAUAUAUAUGACAAGGGUUUGUUUACUGCACAUUCUACGCUCUCUACUCUCUACAGGCCUAAGAAGGAUACUGAUUCAGAUGCGUAUGGAGGGGCCGAUGAGCAACUCGAGAAGGUGCUCAAGACCGAUCGAUUCCGGCCUGAUAAAGGUUUUGCUGGGGCCAGUGAGAAGGCAGGACCUAGAGAUAGGCCUGUUGAGUUUGAGCAAGAGGCAGAAGAGGCUGAUCCUUUCGGUUUGGAUCAGUUCUUAACAGAGGUGAAGAAAGGGAAGAAGGCUAUGGAUAAAAUAGGGGGUGGCGGCACCAUGAAGGCCAGUGCUGGUGCUGCAAUGAGGGAGAGCUACGAGGGAGGGUCAAGCAGGACCCGUGUUGACUUUGAAAGGGGUCGGUGAAGAAAUUUUAUGUAUUAUGUAGAAAUUACGAAAUGGGAUAGUAUAUGGAAAUAUGGAGACUUAUGGUGGGGCAUGGUCCUUAAUAGAGCAGAAUGACACGAAUAAGAUUCGUGAGGUCGACCCAAAUUAGUUGAGAAAAGGCUUCGACAAUGAUAAUGAUGAUCGGAAGGGUAUAGACCUUGUAGCUUUGUAGCCUCAUGCUAAAUUUGGUUUCAUCAAGGUGUAUGAAAUUCUUCUGGUCCUAGUUUUACUUGAGGGGCUGAGUAAAUUUCUUGGGACUUGCAAUCAGCAUUUAACUGCUCUAUCUUAAUUUUUUAUGUGUGUGUGUGAUGGAUGAACAAAUUUAUCUAUCUUUUUGGCCUUAUGGGAUGUAUUUUUUCUUAAGCUGUA